AUGGCUGACUCUAAAAUUUCCUCGGAGGCUGGGUCUCGGUUCCUUGGAGUACCUCUUGAGAUUCGUCGGCAAAUAUACCGAAUUCUCCUACUCGACCCACCUGAAUCUUUUUUGAGCACGCCAUGCAUGCCAUGGUACCAGCAGGGGGUUUUCCAGGCCAAAGUCAAGAAAGAUGGCACAGACAAUGAAAUGUGGCACGGCACCGAGUAUCAGGGCAAUUUCUACGAGCACAACUACAAUGAAUCUGACUCUGAUGUGGACUUCCCAUUUUGCGAUAGCUCCAGUAAGACAAGGAUUGCAGAAGCGCCUCGGUUGGGAGAGAGCAAGUUGCAAAAUGGGCACAACAGUGUACAGAAAGACGGCGCAGAUCAGGAGAUGAAUGUACAAAGGUUUCCGGCUAUCCUACGCACGAAUCGCCAAAUUUACAGCGAAGCUUCGCCCUUGCUAUAUAGAGAACUCAACAUGCGUUUGCAGCCUGGCGACGUUCUCUGCAUGAAGUCCAGCAAAGAUAUCGUGAAGGCUUCGGAAAGAGUUUGGCGACACAAUCCCCUUCAAGAUACUGGGGUCCUCAAACCAAACGGCCUGACCAAUUAUGCGGAGCCAGAACUUGAUGGCGUCAUGGAUCCCCAUGUCUUGGCACGGUUCAAAAAGAUCACCUUCGACUUGGAUAUUAAUUGGGAGUUGGAGACGCUUGACGCUGAAACAGGUCGGCAAACAGCAGGAGAUACAACUUUGCAGGACCAAACUGCGCCAAGCCUCUUCGUCAAUGAUAACAUGACAGUGAAUUCUCAAGACGAGGCCAGGCUUCUUGCCUUCUACAGGCGCUCAACCAUUUUGCACCAGCUUGUCAAGAUUCUAUCCAACUCGCCAGACGUUGUGCGCCUUCAGAUCCUGUUUGACAUCGAAGUCCUCGCCCGUUACGACAUGAGCUCGGACUCGGAUUCCGAAGACGAGCAGGAGGACAAAGACCCCGCAAGGAAAAUGAUAGCAGCCAACGAACGCGCCAUGGAACUCUUUCUGGACAGCGGCCUUCUCGCACCGCUUGAGAAGCUUUCGAACGUCCGAUCUUUCGAAUUCGAAUACGCUGCUCUGAAUUGCGAUUGCGAGCAUUACAAACCGAAACCGAAGUAUGCUAGGAUGUUGAGCGAUCUAAAGCAGAAUAUCGAGCGCAAUUACGCCGUCAAAAAUGAUUAA